GUCACAUGAUAUAACCAGACCACACCACUUUUAGAUCUACACACUUGCCGGCCCAAACUUGUCAUUCUCUCAACCACCAUCUUCUCACACACUCAUUUCCGAUCACCGGCGAUCUGAAAUCAAAACAAUGGAAUACAAAAACCUAGGCCGAUCAGGCCUCAAAGUCUCCCAACUCUCCUAUGGCGCAUGGAUCAGUUUCGGCAACCAACUAGACGUCAAAGAAGCCAAAACCCUCCUUCAAACCUGCCGUGACAACGGCGUUAACUUCUUCGACAACGCAGAAGUCUACGCCAACGGUCGAGCUGAAGAAAUCAUGGGCCAAGCAAUCCGAGAGCUCGGAUGGAAACGUUCCGACAUAGUAGUCUCCACUAAGAUAUUCUGGGGUGGCCCCGGCCCCAACGACAAAGGCUUGUCCAGGAAACAUAUUGUCGAGGGGACAAAAGCUUCGUUGAAGCGGUUGGAUAUGGAGUAUGUGGAUGUUAUUUAUUGUCAUCGGCCGGAUAUUUGUACUCCUGUUGAGGAAACUGUACGGGCAAUGAACUAUGUUAUUGACAAUGGUUGGGCCUUCUAUUGGGGCACCAGUGAGUGGUCUGCUCAGCAGAUUACGGAAGCGUGGGCGGUUGCUGAUCGGUUGGAUCUUGUUGGGCCGAUUGUUGAGCAGCCGGAAUAUAAUAUGUUUUCUAGGCAUAAGGUUGAGAGUGAGUAUCUUCCUCUUUACAAAAACCAUGGCAUCGGACUUACAACAUGGAGUCCUCUUGCAUCUGGAGUUCUGACCGGAAAAUACAAUUCCGGGGUUCCACCGGACAGUAGAUUUGCGUUGGAAAAUUAUAAGAAUCUGGCCAGUCGAUCAUUGGUGGAUGACGUGCUGAAGAAAGUGAGGAAGCUACAACCGAUUGCGGAUGAACUUGAUGUGCCAAUGUCUCAGCUUGCGAUCGCUUGGUGUGCUGCAAACCCCAAUGUAUCGUCGGUUAUAACCGGUGCUACAAAGGAACAUCAGAUUCAAGAAAACAUGAAGGCUAUUAAUGUGAUUCCGAAGCUUACGCCAGAUGUGAUGGAGAAGAUUGAUGCCGUUGUCCAGAGCAAACCCAAGAAGCCAGAUUCGUAUAGGUGAAGGAACACACAAAGACGAUUAGUUUUCAGUUGCUGGCCCGAUAUUUUUACAAUAAGACUUGUGUUUGAACUUUGAAUUCGACCCAUUUUAUUGGGGAUGUGAUAUAUUUAUACAUUUAAGGGUAGCAAUUAUCGGGUUGUGUUUUAUUUUAAACGGGUCAAAUGAAGGAUUAAAAGUUGUCUGCA